UUUAUCAGAUAGACCGAAUUCUGAGAAAACCUUUAUUGAAGUAAAAACCAAGAAUUUAAAUACAAGUAAAAAUCUUCACAGCAUUCAACUUCUGGAUGAAACAACUUUCUUUUUUAAAUAA